GGCGUCUGUCCCUGGAUGGUCACUGCAUCCUUGCUGGAAUUCAUGACAACAUGCUUGAAGGAGCUAGAAUUGAAAAAGAAACAGGAAUUCGGCAAUAUAAGACAUAUAGAACAAGCUGUUAAUGACCUUAAGGCCCACGCCUCGGCUAGUAAAGCAUGUCUGGCAGGGAAGUUCGCUGAACUCCGGUUACUACUUGAUGAAGAGGAAAGGUUGACAAAAAAAUUCAUAGAUGAAAAGACUCAACGGGCCCUCAUGGUGUAUGAUCAGCAGAUGGAGUCAUGUCAAGAACGAAUUCAAAUCGUAGAGAGCUUCUCAGACAAAGUCAGGCAAAUCCAACAGCAAAGUGAUUCCAUUCAGUUAUUACAGGACUACACAGCCACAGAAAAAGAAAUCCAGGAGCAGAGGGCUCCAGCACAACAGUGGCACCCAGUGCCUAUGUCAUUUGAACAUGUUCUGAACCAUACCAAGGGUUUUGUAAGAGCUAUUCAGUCUAUUGUGCAGAAACCAUUGGAAGCUCGACUUAAAGAAGACAUUUUCAGUAGUCUUAAUGCCACUUCAAAGAAGGAGCCUGGUACGUUGCUGAAAACAAUAUCCACGGUGGAUCGAUCACUAUUUUUAAAACAUGCAAGAUCUCCAACUCUGGAAUUCGAUAGCCUUCAUCCCAGGUUGUGUUUGUCUGAAGAUCGUCUUACAGUAAGCUGCAGCUGGAGGAAGAGAUUUUACACUUAUAGUCCCCAGAGAUUUGAUAAGUUAUGGCAAGUCUUGAGCAAAGAUGCUUUCUUCUCUGGAAGCCAUUACUGGGAAGUGGACGUGCUUCAUGCUGGGCAGGGAUGGUGGAUUGGAGCAGCAUACCCUUCCAUCAAAAGACAUGGAGACUCCGAAACUUGUCGGCUAGGGUGGAACAGAGCAUCCUGGUGUAUAAAAAGUAUCCUCAAUAAUCACAAGUCUCCAGGUAGCUCCUACCAACAGGAAGAUGCUACUUCAGGGUACAGAUGUGCUUUAGUCACAUACUUGCUUUUUGCUGGAAAUAUUUUUAAUUAAAGUUUUGACCUGACCCACUAUCUAGUUUCUUAUAUCUAGCUAGUGUCUGAUUGCGUACACAUUUUUGCAUCCACAAGAAAAUAUUCCAUUUCAUAGCUCAUACUCUGCACUGUUAAAGCAUGCAUAUAUCAACUGGUAAUAAAUAAAUCAAGUUGCUUGAUACCAAAUUCUGCCAAUCGGGGCUCCAGUAGCUUUUAAUUUUAUCCUCAUGGGAACUAGAAAAACAUGUCAUUUUCUGCCCCCUCAGCAGCAAAUACCAGCUUCAUCAAGAUUUAGGAAUUUAAGUAAAAGUGUGUUUCAUCUGUGAUUUGACUUUCCUAAUACAUGACACGUUACAUAUGAUU